UUGUUAGCUCCGUAUGUAUCUUAUAAAAUGUUACGUUGGGUUAAAAGUUGACAUAAGAUGGUAAACUGAAGAAACGAGAGAGAGAGAGAGAUGAAGAGAAGAGAAGCAGCAGGCGCAGGUUUUGACAAGGCAGGAAGGAUUUCGAGUUGCUUCAAGGACAUAGAUGAGGAGCUUUCCUUUUUCCGCGAGCUUAAGAAGCGCGAAAAAGAUCAAUUUGGCAGCCUUCUUAACCCUAUUUCUGAUGACUUUGAAGCAAAUGGAAGCUUUGGGCUGAGCAGAAUGAAUUCGGGAGGAAGAAAAGGGGCAGAAUUCCUUGGUAAAAAUGACUACAACUGGCUGAAAACGCCUCCCGCGACGCCUCUGUUUCCAUCACUUGAGAUGGAGUCAAAUGCACAAGAAGAACUAGUCGUUCAGAGGGAGAUACCAAUCAUCCAACCUAUUUCAAGGUUUAUCGACAAGAGAAACAUGAAAAGCGCUCCGCUGGUGACCCCAAAACCAAAUAAAAUCAAGUCAUCCGUCCCAAAAAACAUUCCUAACUCAAACACGUCGAGAAACUCGACGUGUUUGCGUGCCAGGUCAUCAAUCUCGAAUGAGAACUUGAGGACCUCAUCCGCUACUAGAGGAAGGCCGGCAUAUCAGAAUCUGCCGGCCCCACCGAAGAUUAUGAGGAGGCAGCCGUGCAAUGCAGGAAAUGUUGAGAAGAGUGGUGGAGUGCAAGUUGCGGGCAGCAGGAUGGUGGACAAGUUGAUGAAUGCGAGAAUGUCGAAUGCCGAUGAUCGACGCUCCAAAAUCAAAUUGAAUGGGAGUUGUAAUGGUGAAGAGGAGAGACAGCCUAAGAUUAAGCUCAGUGCUUCCUUGAAUGAGACCUCUGGCUUUGGAAGGUUGAUGAUGUCCUCUCAAACACAUGGACAUUCAACGAGACUCCAACAGUGGAAGUAAAAUCGUCAUUAGCAAUGCAUGGAUGAAUUGCGUGGAUAGAGAAUGAAGAUGGCAGAUGCCGGGAGAUGAUGAAAGUCGAGAAUUAUGGAAGAAGUUGAUUGAUUUUGGAGAAGAAUUAAAGAUUGGGCUUAGAAUUAAUUAUUCUAGAUUUAAUUUAGCCCAAAACUCUUGUUUUAAUUAAUUUUGAUUCAUUUAUUGUGUAAGGGCCGAAAAUUGCCAUUUAUUGGGCUUGGGGGUGAUUCGGCCACUUAGGGGUUUUAAUCUCUUGUUUUUAUCUAGUUAGGACUCUUGGGAUUAGAGUAGCCGCAAUUUGAGAUUGAUUAGGUAUAUAUAGUUGACUUUGUUUGGAGAGGAUGGGAACCUUUGAUUACUUUUAAUUCAAGCACUACACGUUUGUUUUAAUAUGAGGGAUUAGGGAGAGUUUUAUUUUGGAAGAUCAACUUUUGGCAGAUGAGAGCUUGGGACGAACAGCAACACAUUGACGGCGGCAGUAGAAGACUUUUGGUUUUGUUUUAUUUUUGUUUAGACUUAUUUUGAGUUUCUAAGAAUUGUUCUUCAAUUUCCGGUAACAAUAUUUCGAUUAUUUCAAUUCUUUAUAUUUUAUAUUAUGUUUGCUUUUAUUUGUUUGAUUGUUUUUACUUUAAGUAUGAAUAGCUAAUUUCUAAUUCGGCGAGAAUAAUGAAGUAUUGAUUUAAUAAUCUGUGAGACCUAAUUGUUCAUAUAGUUGAUUCCUGUUGAUUUCGAUUUAUUCCCAGUGUUUAAAGAUAAUUCUGAUUUUAUUUAAGUCUGGCCAACUUAGGUUUAAUUGGAUUACAGUCAAUUAGUACCUCCAAUCCGUAAUUGUUGGAAUAUGGCUGAUUAGUGAUAAAGCUACCAUGUUCGUAGUAGGAAUAAAUUGGUGGAUUAAUUAUUACUAGCGUAUCUAGGAUAAUUGGUCUAAACUGGGUUCCUUCAUCUUAAUGCUAUUAGAAUAUUAAAUCUAAGACUGGCGUAUCCAGCUAGGUUAUAUUUUAAUAAGGGAAAUAGACAAGACUAGCGUAUCUAGCUGUCUAUCGACACAGUAAGUAGGAAUUGGGGUAUGUCAGUGCGUAUCACGGUAUCCUAUAAC